AUGCGUCUUUCUUCCGCCUUUACCGCCCUUUGCGGGCUCCAGGCUACCCUUGUCGUGGCCGAGAAAACCACCUGGCCCUGGCAGAACUUCAAGUCCAGCCCUCACGAACCUCCGAAUCUCGAAAUCUCGAAAUCCGGCCUUGCCAGCCCCGGAUACCUCUUCUUCGAUCAAUCAUGGGAUGCUCAUCAGUACAGCGUGUUUAUUAUGUCGGACAAGAACGAGCUUGUCUGGCAGAGCCCGCGGGGUGACCUGAAGGGUUUCCGAGUACAGAAGCUGGAUGGGAAGCCUGUCCUGACGUACUUCAACGGCCUUGGAGUCCCGGAGCCUUUUGGUUGGGGAUACGGUAUUAUUCAAAUUUUGGAUGAGUCGUAUCAAAAUAUCUAUAAUGUUUCCGUGACAAACGACAACUACAAGGCCUUGGGCAGCAUUGACAGCUCCUCCUUUGUAUCUUGGAUUGACAUGCACGAGAACACAAUGACACCUGAUGGAACAAUGCUAGUCACAGGCUACAAUGUCACCCAGACUGACCUCAGCUCUGUGGGAGGCCCAAAGAAUGGCUGGAUCGCUGACUCGCUCUUCUAUGAGAUUGACGUCAAGACCAACGAAAUACUUUUCCGCUGGAGCGCCCGGGACCAUAUUGACCAGAUUCCCUUGGAACAUGUACAGCCUUUCUACCCAAUUAAAGACUGGGGACACAACAGCAGCUAUCCGUAUGGCUACUUCCACAUCAACUCAGUGGACAAGUUCCAAGAUGGAACGUACCUCAUUUCUUCUCGUUACUACUGUUCGCUCUUUAAGGUUGCAAAGGAUGGAUCAGUUGACUGGACGGUACAGGGUCAAACCGGCGGCGACUUCGAUCUCAACGGAGUUGAAUUCAGCUACCAGCACGACGCCCGCAUCCACGACGAGACCGAGGAUGGAUUCAUGCUCAGCAUCUUUGACAACGCCAAUUCUGAUGUCCAGAACGGAACUCAUCACACUGAAGGCAUACUGAUGAACGUCAAUCUAGCCACUCGCGAGGUCUCCCUUGUCCAGACUCUCCACGAUCAACGCGAUGAGAUAUUCUCGACCUCUCAGGGAAACACACAAUUGCUGCCUGGAAACCACUCUAUAAUGGGCUACGGAUCAAAUCCUAAGAUUAAGGAGUACAAUGCCAAUGGGACUUGUGUCAUGACCGCACAGUUUGGACUCGAUGCUGUCGUCGCAAGUUACCGUGCCUAUCGCUCCCCCUGGGUCGGCGUCCCUAAAACUCUCCCCGAUGUGUUUUCGUGCAUUGAGCAGGGUCGUAACAAGACCAAUGUCUAUAUGAGUUGGAACGGAGCCACUGAGCAUAAACUGUGGAAGGUCUUUGGGGGCGCUAAUGCCUCAGACCUGAGUCCAGUCGCAGCGACACGGAAGACAGGGUUUGAGACCGUGGCGAGCAUCAAAGGAAAACUUGUAUAUGUUCAAGUGGAAGCUCACGGCCUAGGGAUCAAGAAGGGGGUUUCCAAAAUUGUACCCGUAAAGGGUCGGUGUUAG